UCGAAUUCCUACAAAAACUUACCGCAAAUGCUAUUCGUACUCACAGUUGACAUUUAUUAAUUGAUUUAUUUUCUUAAAUAUUUUUUCAUUCAUUUUUAACGUUCGGGGUCUGUGAAUGCAUCACGGCGCAGCUGCGCACAUAAGACAAGGACGAAGUUUUUUAUUUUAUUUUAUUUAUUUAUUUUCUUCCAUAAGUCGCUGUAUCCUUCACUGACCACAAUACUUUGAAUUUAAAGUAAAUAACGACUCGCAGUCACUUGCUAUUUAUAGUAGCUUUCGUGUAUUAUGUAAGCUGUGACAUUAAGCCUAGUAUCAAUAUUUAAAUGAAUAAAAUGUUUUAUUCUCUCCCACCCUCCCUCACCUCAUAACAUUAUUAUGUCUGCAGGGAUUACUCUGCAUACAGUGCCACACUGAUGCUUCUGCUGCUGGGUGAUGGAAGCAAGUAGGAGGAACUUCUGCCUCUUUUUUGCUUAAAAAAAUGACAGGACAUCCUUUUAGAGCUGCUGCAGCAGGGGUGGAUUUGGCUUUCAGUCUCCUGCAUUGCACAAUCUUUCUCCUCUGCUCGGACUGAUAAAGACAAAAGAGGGAGCACAGCAAAACCAGGGAAAAGGGAAGGAAGGGGAACAGCUGUGGAGGGCUAAGGAGAGUGUGGAGGGGGAUAAUAGAUUACAGAAAAUAGGGAGAGGUUGGAUGGAAAACAUAAGAAAUUAAGAGAAGACAGGGACAGGAAACUAAGGAGAGAGUGAGUAACACUGCAGUAGAAUGAGGGUUAAAGUGAAAGGAAGAGCUGAGAAGCAUUUGAGCUGGCAGCCUCUCGCACGCCACUCAGGAUCUGACGCUUUCUGAAGAAGCAAGAAAAAGGAGUCCACCGUGGAGCCCAGAAGGAGAAGAAGGAGGGGGGCGGAGGAGGAGGAAGCCAGAGGUUCGACACACAAGAUGGCUGCUGUGUCCUCUGCCUCUGACACCGGGGACCCCAGGGGCCGCCAUCCACCUGAACGCCGCCUACUGAUCCUGGGGGGCCCGCAGUCAGGCAAGACGUCCUCUGCUAACACCAUCCUUGGGGAUGAGUUCUUCGACGCUGGGACCGAGACCACGCACAGCAACGUGGGCCAGACCGAGAUCUACGGCCGGCGCGUCACUGUGGUCGACACUCCAUCUUGGGUCAUCCCGGCUGACCCCGAGGACGAAGAAGAAACUGAUACCAACGACAAUGCUGGUGCAGAGUCAGAGAGCCCGGCACGCCCUCCUCCAAGUCUGGACAGCGAGGGGCCGUGCAUGGGGGCUAUCCUCUGCCCUCCUGGUCCUCACGCUAUCCUGCUGGUGGUGUCGGUCACCCAACCAUUCACUGACACUGAAAGGAGGGCUGCAGAGGAGCAGCUGGGGGCGUUAGGUGGAGGGACCUGGAGGUACUCCAUGGUCCUUUUUACAUGUGUGGACAAGCUUCCCAAAGGCGUUUUUAUUGAGGAGCACAUAGCAAACACCGGAGAGUCCCUUCAGUGGCUGGUGGAAAGAUGUGGAAGCAGGUAUCAUGCCUUUGAUAACACUCGGAAAGAGACUGAGGAAAACACUCAAGUACCCGAGCUAAUGGAAAAGGUUGAGGAAAUGAUCACAGACAACCAAGGCUGGUACUUUGAAGUGAAUGAGCUGAUUUUACUGGAGGAAGAGCAAGCUAGGAGAGCUCUGGAGGAAGAGAGGAUGAGGAUGGAGGAGCAUGCCAGGCAGAGGGAGCAGAUGAUCGGAGGACCUCCCAGAGAAUUGAGGUUACUGUUAUUAGGCUGGAAGGGUGUUGGGAAGAGCUCAGUGGGGAACGCCAUCCUCGGCCGUCGGUACUUUGAAUCGGGCCAGGAGACGGAGCUGUGCCUUAGAAGGCAAGCGCUGGUGUGUGGCCGUCGCGUCACUAUUGUCGACACCCCGGGCUGGGACUGGUUCUCAGUGAGGCGAACCCCAAAGCGAAUCCGGCAGGAGUCCCAGCGUGGUGCUGCGCUCCUGCGACCUGGACCCCACACCCUGCUGCUGGUCCUGCCCGUCGUCUCAUCCCUCACUGCCAGGAAGAGGAGAACGCUCCUGGCGCACAUAGAGACCCUGUUUGGUGACAGCGCAUGCCUCCACACCAUGGUGCUGUUCAGCUGCGGUGAUUGGCUGGGACGCACACCCAUCGAGGAGCACAUCCUCAGAGGCGGGCGGGAGCUGCAGAGACUGCUUGAGUUCUGUGGGAACUAUUAUCAUGUCCUGGACAGUAAGACACCCGGCAAGGACAGGAGUGUGUCGGUCCUUCUGGAUAAGAUAGAGGAGAUGAUCAGGGAGAACGGCGACAAGGCUUUCCUUCCCAUUCAAACAGAGUGGUUGAGCGAGGAGAGCUCCUACUCGUCUGACAACACCGAACCAGAGGACGACUGUCGAGGAUGCCAGCUACAGUGAAUCCAUCAAAGAGGGAAGUUGCCUGGCUCUCUUUUCUCGAGUCUUCAGCAGGCCCAAACAUCACCUCAUGUAAUGUUAACCUCAUUUUGAUGUCGCUCUCCAACUCUGAAGAGUUUCAGGGAAGAACAAAGGGUUAGGAUCGGACGUCUGGUUAUGCUUAACUCUGUGUUAGAAAAAAAGACCAACUCCACUGUUUACUGAGCAAAGCUCCCGUUGGACUAACAGUGAACGAAUAACCACGUGAACCAGUGACGUUCAGAACAGAUACGUCAAAUUCACGAGGAGGAGAAAUAAUAUGCUGCAAGUGACCAGAGCUCAAACAGUGCUGCUGCUAAAGAAACCACGGUCCAACAUCUUUGUAGGUUUGUGUUCAGUCUGAACGGAUAAGCUCUGCAUUACAAGCUGAACCAGAAAAGGUAGGAUCAUGUCUGCAGCAAGUCUGACACUCGUGAUUAUUGGAAGAGUAGGAGUUAUCUCUUUGUGUACGUCUUUGUACAGUCAUCCCUCUCUGCACCAGAUGCCAUUACUGCUCAUUGCUCAGUUUAAAUCAGGUCAGCUCAAAUGAAAGCAGAUACCAAACCAAAAAGCAUGGACAGUGAGACAAAAACACUGUGUUGUAACAUGAGCUCCACAGUGCAGAAACCUUUUAGUUUACAUCCUCCACGAUUAUAAAACCAGACCAUGAGGUAUUCUCUGGUCACUCAUAUGCAGGUUAUUAAAAAAAUCUCUUCAUUAAAGUUUGAUUAGAGUCUGCUCAGGGAGUCGGGGUUAAACUGAUGACUUAAGAGCAAAAUCUGGCACAUUUACAGAAAGGCUGAUUUAUGCUGAUUGCAAAACUGCAGACGUGAGUCCCAUAGCAAAUCAUUCUGGUGUCUUAAUGCGAGUAUUUGCUUUAGAUUGUGGGGACUGUGCCGUUUGGUUGCAAUGGGUAGAUUGGGCUCAUCUGUUUAAAGUAGCAAACAAGUAUUUUUGCUUAGUAUUCAUGCUCAAAAGGAGCUCUGAAUAAGUUAGGGAGGGCUGCACUGAAACUUUGCAGUCUCAGAUCCCCGUGGAGCAGCUCGGGCUGCCUCUGUCAUGCAUCCUGCGCAAAUAUCGACAAGGUAGAUUCAGCUAUGUGCCUCAGCAUCAAAGCGUGAGAGUGGGAGUACAGCCCUGCAGCAGCAGCAGAGCUGUAUCCUAAAGGCUACAUCAAGCUUUCGCAUGCUACAGAAACAAAAUAACCUCAUGAACCAUUCAAGCUCACACAGGGCCUUUCCUAUCUGCUAACCUUUUCUACUUCAACAAGGCAUCAGUGGUGAUAUUUAAAAAAAAAAAACAAGGAAUAUGUAAAUCUAUACCCAGCUGUCAGAGGCAUGUUAAGAGAUCGCAUGCAAACAAAUGAGUGCCUCUAGAGUUCAAGGCAACCUCACAUCUUUAUUCCUUUGACUCCUGCUCCACCUUAACUUCAAAAAAAGACUAGUGGAUGAGCGGAAGAAACUUCACUGAAAGGUACAACUAGAAGUGUAUAUAAUUUGUGAUGGAUACCACUGCCAUGCUGUAAACAUUCAUUUUCUACCCAUGAUGACGUAGCCAGCAAAACAACACCCUGCCGCUGCUCCCCCGCUGUGUUUUACUGACUCUGUGCUUCUCCUAGUACCGUAGGCUACCGCUGCACUUAGCGCAUCAAGCAUGACUUAAGUUUCAUCAGAAGAUGUAUCAAACACGCAUUCAGAGUCCUCGAGUCCUGCUCCACCUGUUAAUGUUGUGAAAGCAGUGUGUAUUUGCAGUGUAAAAUUAUGUUCAAUUGUAAGCUCUUAGCAAAGCAUUUUGCACUGUAUAAGUUUCACCACUUUACUGUAGCCAAAGUGACUGUGCAGUCUUUCCUGUAUGGUAAUUACAUCAUCAGUACUUUGAUCAUCCUUUGACAACAAUAAAAGACAUAAACCCA